UUUCCUUUCAACAGAAGUUGACGUGAAUAUGGCGAAUGUCGCCGAAAGUGAAUUCUUUUCAAAGCUAAACAAAUAUACUGAUGUACAGAGGAAAAAAAAUAUGAAAAAUAUGAAAAUAUAGAAAUAAAGAAAUUCAGAAUGGAAAAAUAUAAUAAAGCUGAAUUAAUUUCAAUAAUAGAAGAACAAGAUAUAAAGUUAAAUCGAUAUAAAAGUCGAUUAAGUGAUACUGUUAGGGCAUAUAAAGGAUUGCUAUCUGAAAAGGAAGCUUUGGAAUCCAGUUUAAAAGUUUUAACUUCAGAUCAAUCUUCCAGAAAUGAAACAGAAAGAGAAAAAAAUUCUGCCAGUGCAGAUCAAAAUAGUUCAAAAGCUGAAUCAUCUGAUGCCAUUCAGUCAAAUGAAGAAUAUUUUAAUGAUUUACAUCAUCAAAUUAAAACUUUAAGUACUUCUUUAGCUACUCUUACAGCAGAAAAAUCUCGCAUUGAAGCUAGUUUUAUAGCAGACAGAAAAAGUUUAAUGCAAGAAAAAGUUGAAAUUUCUGAAAAACUGGACAAACAAAGACUAGAUUUUUGUGAAGAAAAAGAACAGUUAAAUAAGCAAAUUCAACAGUUAAAAUUGCGUAUCAGAGAAUUACAACAAGAUAGAGAACGAGAACAACGAGAUCAUGCAGUAAUGUUAAGGGAACUUCAACAUUUACUUUCAGAAGAAAGAAACAGAAAAGAACAAUUGGAAUUAAAGUUAGAAGAUGCUGAACGUCUUGCUGAAAAAUCUAAAACAACAGAUAAAAGGAUUGAAGAAUAUGAAAAACGUAUAAUAGAACUCAAACACCAUUUAUCAGAAUUAAAUGACAGAUUGAAAGCAUCAGAAAUUAAAGUGAAUGAACCUUCUCCUAUUCUCAUUGAAUUAAGACAAGAAAUGGCAGAUUUAAAAACACAGCAUAAUAGGGCUGUGGAACAAGAGCAGAAACGUGCCAAUGAAGCUGAAGAUAAAUUAAGAAAUUUGGCAGUAGUUAGUGAAGAACGAAUUGCAAAUUUAGAAGCUCGUUUGUCAGAAUUAUCCCAAAUGGUAGGAAAUUAUGACAGGCUUCAGCAGCAAGACCAGACAGCAAUUCAAAAAUUAAAGGAACGUAUUAUGCAACUUGAUUCUGAAAAAGUUGCCCUAACAAGAACAAUUGCUGGAGAAAUUGAAAAUUCAUUAGAAACUGAUGAUGAUUCAAAUUUGGAUGUUCAAACUUUAAUGAAGAAAAUAAUUAAAUUGAAAAAAUUAUUAAAAGUAGCUAACCAAAGAUCAGAAAGACCAAUUGAUUUAGGAGCAUUUUUUUCUCAAGAUGAUGGCAAUCAAAUAGAUCUUCAUGUGAAAUGCCAAGAAGAAUUGCAGCAAUUAAAAGAGGAGUUUGAAAAUUAUAAACUCAGAGCACAAUCUGCUGUUAAAAAUAAGAAUUCAAAAGAUAAUGAAUAUGCAAAAGAAGUUCAGUUAUUAAACAAUCAAAAUUUAGACCUUCAAGAAAAAGUGCAGAUGCUGAGAUUUCAAUUGGAAAAUAUGGAGAAACAAUGUAAAAAUAAGGAAGAAUCUUUCCAAGUUACAAUUCAAGAAAUGAGAGAAUUGCAUAAACAGAAUAUGAUGGAGAUGAAUACAGAAUAUAAAUCACGGUUAAAUGACGUAGAAAAUCAUUUAAAGAAACAAAGAGAAAGAACAUUAUUAUUACUGGAAGAAAAAGAUAAUGAAAUUAAGUUAUUGAAAUUACAAAAUCCAUUAAUAUCAAUAGAAAAUAAAAUGAUUAGAACAAAAAUAUCUCAGAAUAACCAAGAAUCAAAUAAAGAAGAUGAAUUUGCAUCAGAACUUGAUUCUCUUACAAGCAUGUUAUCUCACAGUGUUCAUAGUGGUAAGAGUGAAGGACAUUUAUUACAUUAUGCUCAUGAGUUAGCAAGAAAAGAUGUUGAAAUCACAAACUUACGAAGUGCAAAACAUCAAGCAGAAUCUGCCCUUCGAGAAUUGCAACAAGUGACACUGACUAAAGAAGAAAAGUAUAUGGAUGAAAUAGUAUCGUUAAAUUCAAAAAUUCAACGUCUCGAAAGUAAUCAGACUAGUGAAGGAAUGAAUAUGGAAUAUCUCAAAAAUGUUGUAUUGAGAUAUAUAACAUGCAAGGAUGGUAUUAGCAGACAUCACAUGCUUAAUGCAAUUGCAACUGUUUUGCAUUUUACACCUCAUGAAAUAGAACAAGUAAAGUUAUUUAAUCAGUCGUGGCGAUGGAAUAAUUCAAAAUAAUUUGAAUAUUCAAUAAGUAAGAGAUGACAAUGUCAAAAUUAAUUUGCUUUAAGAAAAAAAUGACAAUGAUUACUAUAAACAAUAAAAAACUUUACCAGUAACACUCUAUUAUAAAAAAAUCAAAUGUUUUCCAUUGUUCUUGCAGCCAUCAACAUGAUAUCAGAACAGCUAAAAAUGUUUGAUUUUAAUAAUAAAAAGUGUUACUGGUAAUGGAUUCUACUGUUUAUCAUUAUUAAUAAUUAGUUAAGAAUAUUUUUUCAAUGAUUAUUAUAUGUUAUUAUUGAUAGUUGAAA